AUUUACUUGAUUUCAUCAAUUCAAUUUCCUAAACACACACAUAAGCCCUCUAUUUACUUGAUUUCAUCGAUUCCAUCUCCCAAACAUACUCAUAAUUACGAGUAUAUUGUUUUGUGCUUACGUUGCAUUACAGUACCGGUUCAAAUAUGGAGGCUUCGUCUUCUCGCACGGUAGAAAUCACAGUCUUAUCUGCGGAAAAUCUCCGUCUUAAUAAAAAACUGGUGACAAAGAACACAUUCGUCAUCGUCCAAACUGAUCCUUUCAACUGCCAUACAACAAGAACCGAUACGCUAGGAGGAGGGUAUCCUUCAUGGAACGAGAAGCUUGUUAUCGACUUGCCCAUGCAUGCACGCUAUAUCUCUUUAGAAGUACAGACCAAGAGUUCUUCAGGGAACAGAAGUAUUGGAUUUGCGAAGAUACCAGUAUCUGAUUUUACUGGAGGGUAUGUACCAGAGAGUUAUUUGCACUUUUUGAGUUAUAGAUUAAGGGAUGCUAGGUGGGAGAAGAAUGGGAUAAUCAAUGUCUCAGUGAGAGUAAAGACGCCAGGAUACGCAAAGAGUUCGUCUAAAACAGGAUUGAAGGAGACAGAAUACCCAUCGUUUUCGUCGCAAGCUUCAAAUAAAAAAGUGCAGGGAUAUGGGUCUUGUUCAUUACAGGUUACAAGGCCGAAUGUGCAGGGAUAUCCAUCGUUUACAUCGUCGGUCACAGGGCCAAAUGUGCAGGGAUAUGCAUCGUUUUCAUCUCAGGCACAUUUAGGAGUUCCGGUUGGUGGAGUGGUGAGGGGUGUACCUGUUUGGGGUACAAAUCGUGCAUAAAUAUUAUUUGAUAUAUCCAAGGGAUUAUGAAAAUUGAGAGGCCUAUAUACAUACAUACGUACAACAGCAUAUGAAACAUAAAGAUUUAUUUUUAUUUUUCGACAAAAGGAUUGAUGAUUGUAAUUAUUUUACAGAAAGGAAUUCUAGCUAUUGCUGGACUGCAUCUGUAAUUGGUGUCAUAAUUGUUUGCGAUUUCUGCUAUGUUAACAAAUUCAUUCUUAAUUAUAGAUGCUGCCUAUGUUUUAUUGCAUGCAGUUUGGAUGGUAUGAAC